UCCCUUUGGCCUUCGGCGCUCCCCUCACCUUACCUUCCAUUCCAUCGAUCCUCGUUUUCGCCAAUAACAAAGUUUCGCUUGGAUCUUCGAAAUCAAAGCUUUCCCAGAAACUCGCCUGAUAAAAAGAUCAAAGCCCUUUUAGCCCUUUCAUGUGAAGUUGGAAUCUUGAAGAGAAAUGGACAGCAGCGUGCUACAGAGGACACCGACUAAAAGAAGCGACAAAUUCAAGAAGAAGCCCAUCAAGGUAGUGUACAUAUCCAACCCCAUGAAGGUGAAGGUCCUCCCCUCGGAGUUCAUGGCCUUAGUGCAAGAGCUUACAGGUCAGGACGCCGAAUUGCCGGCGGAUCUUUCCAGAUUCCAGAACCCCGACAUCGACGGUGGGCAUCAGUCGUCGGAUUCUGAUCAUUCGUUGGUCACAAAAAGUACUGGCAGUCAUGAAAGUGAUCACACGCUAGUGAUGCCUCAAGUGGACCCUAUUUUUAAUAAUUUCGAAGGCCAACUUGGAAGCUCAAUGGGGGAGGGAUUCGAUCCAUUUGAUCAUCAUGUUUUCGCCCCUGAUCAGAUGAUGGACGACAUUUCAGCUUUCUUACCCCGUGGUGUGUUCUACGAAUCUGAUCUAGUUGACGAGGAGCCGAGCGGAAAUAUUGACGCAGUGUAAUUACUAAAACUGCCCAGUAAGCUCGAUUAUUCCCUCCGGAGAGGUCCUAUAUUUCCUGGAAACUUGUUAAUUUUCCGAUUAUACUAUAUGUACUGUCUUUGUCUAUAUAUAAUAUAAAUACUUUAUGUAUGUCAGAGAACAUGCUUAUUGAUUAACUGUAGCUUUGACAAUAACUUUGUUCAAUUUGAUUUGAUGUUGGAUUUGGGUGUGAAA